UGAAGAUACAGCAGUAAAAACAAAUGCUAGAUAAGCUAGAAUAAUUUACGAGCAGAGGACAGCUUUAAUUUAUUAACUCUAAUUGUGAAUGUAUUUAUUUUUUUAGUAUUUGGUUUUAUUGCAAUACUAAUUGUCUUAAAGUUAAAGGAACAUCUUUUACUAAUUGACUGCUCAAAAUUGUCCUAUCCGUUUUUACACAUUUUCAUUUACUGUUCUAUGUGAAAACCUUGUUUUGUUCUUGUUUCUCUUUUUAUUCACUGCUUCAAAGUAAAUUAAGUUGCUUGCACUGUUAACACUGAAUCGGUGUCAUCUUUGUAUAUAUAUAAAUAUAUUGUGAUUGAUAGACCAGUUCACUUUUAAUUCACAUGGAUGACAAGAUACCACCAAUACCUGAUAGUGGACGAUCUUCAAAAAGUCUCGCUUCACGACGACAAGGUCCGUCUCUAAAAACUGGCUUUACUAAAACUGUACAACAACUUGAUCCAUCCAGAGAAGCCAUAGCGGCUAAUCAAUUAAGCAAAUGUACCACAAUUAAUAUAAAUGAUCAAACAAUCUCCGUUGCUCCUCAGGAUAUUGAGGUUGUUAGUCAAUUAGGAAAAGGUGCAUAUGGAAUAGUUGAACAAGUUCGUCAUAAGCCGUCCCAAAUCGAAAUGGCUGUUAAGAGGACUGCUGUUAGUCAAGAACAGAAACGAUUUUUAAUGGACAUGGAUGUACUUGUAAAAACCGUUGAUUGUUCCUAUAUUGUUAAAUUUUAUGGAGCUCUUUUCUGGGAAGGUGACCUUUGGAUUUUCAUGGAAAUAAUGGAUUCGUCAUUGGACAAAUUUUACCGCCAAGCAUAUGAGAAAGCACGAAAAGAUACUAAAUCGACUGCAUCAUCAUUAUCACAGCCUUCAUCAACAUCACUCUCAGCUGUUACAUCGAAAGAAGACAAAGAAUCACCCAUCGCUAUUCCUGAAGAGGUUUUAGGGAAAACGGCCUUUUGUGUUGUUAAAGCUUUGAGCUACCUUCACCAAAUAAGCAUAAUUCAUCGAGAUGUUAAACCUUCAAAUGUCUUAAUUAAUCGUCUCGGUGAAGUCAAAUUAUGUGAUUUCGGUAUCUCUGGUCCUUUAGUUAACUCAGUUGCCAAAACUAUGGAAGUAGGAUGUAAACCAUACAUGGCUCCUGAACGAAUUAAUCCACCAGUUAAUAGGCCAGGGUAUGAUAUAAGAUCGGAUGUUUGGAGUCUCGGUAUGUCUAUGCUGGAAUUAGCAAUUGGCCAAUUCCCUUACAAGCUAGUUGGAAACAAUUUUUUCAAUCUUCUGAAACAAAUUUGCACUGAGGAACCACCAAAGUUACCCCCGAAUCGUUAUUCAAUUGAUUUUGAUGACUUCAUUAACAAAUGUUUACAAAAGGAUUAUCAACUUAGACCAAAUUAUGCAGUACUGUUGGACCAUCCAUUCUUGACUAAACACAUGGAUACUGAUAUCUCUGAUUAUGUUGUUAAAGUUCUCGACUCGAACUGCUAAUAUGUGCCUUUUUCAGUGCCUUUUAAUAACCACAAAAUUCCCAAUCCCAAUCCCUUUCUCUUCUAACUUGCUUAACACUAUAAAAAAAUUAUUAUAUCGUUGUACCAAAACGUUAUCAUGAUGUCAGCAAUGUAUUCAUUGACUUGUUCAAUAUUAUUUAAGAACAAUAAUAACAUCAAUAAUAGCAAAUCAUCAUCGGCUAUUCACAUUAAAUAUUUUCAUAUUGUGAGUAUCGGCAGGUCUAUAAAGUCUUGUUUCCCCUAAGAAAAUCGAUGACAAGAAAAAUAUUUAAGCAACAGAAUAAAAUUUCAAUUUAAUUUAUG